GCCACAACCCGCUAACCAGUAUACCCCGUCACACGACUUCCCAUUUCCGUCACGACUUGACCGCAAAUCAAUUGGACAGCUAAGUAGAAAUCGAGCACUAGGAGAUCCCAUACCACGACGAUUCUAUCCUGCGCGUCAACUAGGUCAUACUAUGUCUGCGAACGAGUCAAAGCAGGUACCGCCAACAGUGUCGCUCGUCGCGGGAGCUGUGGCUGGCGGGGUCGAGGCCGCAGCAACAUACCCAUUCGAGUUCGCCAAGACGCGAGUCCAGCUGCAUAGCGACCCCGCACACCCACGACCUCGCAAUCCCUUUCUUGUGGUUAGCGAAGUCUUCCGGAAGGAAGGCACGCGUGCGCUGUACAAGGGAUGUUCGAGUCUCAUCAUCGGCUCCAUGGGCAAGGAUGCCAUACGCUUCCUCUCCUUCGACGCGAUCAAGAAUGCAUACAAGGAUACGGAGACAGGCGCACUUACACCCAUGCGCAACAUGCUUGCGGGUAUGACCGCUGGAGUGGUUGCGAGCAUCUUCGCCGUCACACCUACCGAGCGCAUCAAGACUGCUCUCAUCGACGACGCCAGAGGAGAGAAGAGGUUCCGGUCAGGCUUGCACGCAGUCCGGGUCCUCUACCAAGAGCACGGCUUUUUCGCGCUCUACCGCGGCUUCGCAGGCACGACGCUCAAGCAGGCAGGCGCGACGGCCUUCCGCAUGGGGACCUACAACAUCCUCAAGGACUUCGAGAACACGCGGUACGUCGAGCAGAGCGUCGCCACGAACUUCGCGAACGGCUCCAUUGCGGGUAUCGUGACGACGUACGCGACGCAGCCGUUCGACACGAUCAAGACGCGCUCGCAGAGCGCGCGCGGCGCGACGACGAUGGAGGCGUUCAGGAGCAUACUGGCGGACGACGGCGUGAAGGGCUUUUGGCGCGGGACGGCGAUGAGGCUGGGGAGGACGAUAUUCAGCGGUGGGAUCUUGUUCACUGUGUAUGAGCAGGUCGCUGCCCUGCUGGAUCCUAUCGUGGCGCCGAAGUCGCGCUGACACACAACGGCGGGCGUGAACGUGUUUCUGCUCAAGGAUAUG